AUGAAUGAGUCUACAAGUUUGAAGGUGCGCCUGCCGGUGUUUGUGCUGGUGUUGGAGGUCGUCAUUCUGGUUCUUUAUGCUGUCUUUGUCACUUAUGAUGACAAUGCCAACGCUAAGCUGCAAAACAAUGAGACCAACCCGAUGGACAACUCCCUGUAUCGCGACUAUCCCUACUUUGCUGAUGUGCAGGUGAUGAUCUUCAUAGGCUUCGGUUGCCUGCUGGCCUUCUUCCGAUUCUACGGCUUCAGUGGAAUGGUCUUCAACUUUCUUACAGCUACUUUUGCGAUCCAGUGGGCGAUCCUGAUGCAGGGUUUCUUCCAGUUUUACUAUGAUGGUAAAAUUCACCUUGGGGUGAUCAACCUUCUGAAUGCAGAGUUUGCUUGUGCUGUGGUGCUCAUCUCUUUUGGGGCUGUGCUUGGAAAGACCAGUCCUGUUCAGCUCCUGGUUAUGGCUUUGCUGGAGAUCCCUGUCUUUGCUGUGACAGAGUGGGCUGUAUUAAAAUACAUUAGAAUCAAUGAUGCAGGGGGCACUAUUCUUAUUCACCUGUUUGCCUGCUACUUUGGUCUAGGAGUGACAUUUGCUCUGUAUCGCCCGGGUCUGAAUGAUGGACAUGCUAAAGAGACAACCAGUUAUCAUUCUGACAUCCUGUCAGUAAUGGGAACCCUGUUCCUGUGGGUGUUCUGGCCUUCAUUCAACUCUGCUCUGACCUUUAAGGGUGACGAUCAACACAGAGCUAUACUCCACACUUUUAUAGGUCUAAGCUCAUCCACUAUCACUGCCUUUGCGCUCACUGCAGUGUUUAACAAGAGAGGUAAACUCACAAUGGCUGACAUUCAGAAUGUGACUCUGGCAGGUGGUGUGACUGUUGGGGCGUCUGUGGACAUGAUGAUUUCUCCUGUAGCUGCGUAUGCCCUGGGCAUCAUGGGUUGUACUGCCUGUUUCUUUGGAUACAAGUACCUGACUCCCUUUUUAGCCCGACACAUGAGGAUCCAAGACCAGUGUGGUAUUCACAACCUCCAUGGGCUCACUGGCCUGAUUUCAUCCACAGCAGGAAUCUGCGCUAUCCUCUUAGCCACUGAGGAAACCUACGGGCCCAGUAUGUACCAGAUCUUCUCCCAUCGUGCUCCACCCGAGGGAGAUCCAAAGCUGCUGGAGCUUCAAAGGCUGAUUCCUGGGUUGAAGCCGGGCUUGGGCCGCACUGCACAGGAACAAGCUCUCUACCAGGUUGCAGCUGUCUUCUCUACCAUUGCAGCAUCUACAGUUGGUGGGCUGCUCACUGGAUUGGUCAUGAAGUUGCCCUUUAUGGCGUCCCCAACUGACAGAGACUGCUUUGAUGAUGAGCUUUUCUUUGACAUGCCGUCCGACUUUGACAGUGUAGAAAUCCUCAAGACUGCCACAAGCGAUGAUGAAAAAGGACAAAUCAAGUCAAUGGACAGCAAAGUCUGA